GGGCUGUGGAAACCACAAUAUUACCCUCCCGGAUCCUCACUGUCUUUGUUGUGCGUCUGGAGAGUUUAGUUUCACUUAGCAACCGAAGCACCCAUACUUACACGUACGUUACCGAGCGAAAGUGAGAGAGGCAGGGAAGAGCAAGGGCUGGAGAUAAGCACGGUUUUAUCCCUGGGUGUAUGCCGGACCGUGUGAGUGUGAAAGUAAGCCUACUGCUUGCUACCUUCACCACUCGCAGGGGUGCAGCCGCUAAACCGCUGGAGCUCUUCGCGUCCCGGAUUCAGCCUGCUGGAGGGACUGUUUCGCUGGUGGCGUUGGUGACCGAACGAUGGUAGCAGCGAGAUUUCGGGUGUCGGUGUUCGUGGAAGCUGUCCCGGGGUGUGCGGCGCAGGUUGAGAAUGCAAGUCUGGAUGUAGCUGAUUGGAGUAACAGAGUUGGUGAUCAGAGAGUGGAGGGGGAGGAGGGGAAAAACUGAAGUGGGUUUUGUGUGUGACUCUCCAGCGGCCAUGUUAACCAAGAAACCCUCCGCUGCCGUCUACCCAACUGGCAAAGGGGGUGAGGGUGUCUGCCAGCUGCAGUCUUCCCCCGGGAUCGGCGCUGGGGGUCUCCGGGCCGGAGCAGGAGCCGACCCGUCAUCGCCAGCGGGACUACCGCCCCUCAGGCACCCCAAUUCUAACACGGUCGGAGGCAAUAAGAACACCAUGAAUGACCACUUGCACAUCGGUAACCACCAGCAAAUCCACGUUCAGCAGCUGUUUGAAGACAACAGCAACAAACGGACAGUUCUGACAGCGCAGCCCAAUGGUCUUACCCCAGUGGGUAAGGCAAGCCUGCCUUCUGUACAGGAGAGACAGCUAGACAGCGCCCAUCGUCGCCAGGGCAGUUCCAGCUCGUUGAAGUCCUCUGAUGGGACAGGGAAGUCCAAACCCACCCCCAUGACGCCUGAGCAAGCCAUGAAGCAAUACAUGCCCAAGCUGACAGCAUUCGAGCAUCAUGAGGUCUUUAAUUACCCAGAAAUCUACUUCGUGGGUCCAAAUGCCAAGAAGAGGCAGGGCGUCAUUGGGGGCUCCAACAAUGGUGGCUACGACGAUGACCAGGGCUCUUACAUCCAUGUGCCCCAUGACCACAUUGCCUACCGGUAUGAAGUUCUCAAGGUCAUCGGCAAAGGAAGCUUUGGCCAGGUGGUAAAGGCCUUUGACCACAAGACUCACCAGCACGUGGCACUUAAGAUGGUGCGGAAUGAAAAACGCUUCCACAGACAGGCCGCUGAGGAGAUACGCAUCCUGGAGCACCUUCGGAAGCAGGACAAGGACACCACCAUGAAUGUCAUCCACAUGUUGGAGAACUUCACAUUCCGCAACCACAUCUGCAUGACGUUCGAGCUGCUCAGUAUGAACCUCUAUGAGCUGAUCAAGAAGAAUAAGUUUCAGGGCUUCAGCCUACCGCUGGUGCGCAAGUUUGCGCACUCUAUACUGCAGUGCUUGGAUGCUUUGCACAAGAACCGAAUCAUCCACUGUGACCUUAAACCAGAGAACAUUCUGUUAAAGCAGCAGGGCCGGAGCGGGAUUAAGGUUAUUGACUUUGGUUCUAGCUGCUAUGAGCACCAGCGGGUCUAUACCUACAUACAAUCGCGUUUCUACAGAGCACCCGAGGUUAUACUGGGGUCACGGUAUGGGAUGCCAAUUGAUAUGUGGAGCCUGGGUUGUAUAUUGGCGGAGCUGCUGACCGGUUAUCCUCUCUUACCCGGGGAAGACGAAGGGGACCAACUGGCGUGUAUGAUAGAGUUGCUUGGCAUGCCCUCGCAAAAGCUGUUGGAUUCAUCCAAAAGAGCCAAAAAUUUUGUCAGCUCCAAGGGUUACCCCCGCUAUUGCACGGUUACGACUCUGCCGGACGGCUCGGUGGUUUUGAACGGUGGGCGGUCACGCAGGGGGAAGCUGAGGGGGCCACCGGGGAGUAAAGAGUGGGUGACCGCUCUGAAGGGCUGUGAUGACCCGCUCUUCCUGGACUUCUUGAAACAGUGUUUGGAGUGGGAUCCCUCACUACGCAUGACACCCAGUCAGGCUUUGCGCCACCCCUGGCUCCGGAGACGCUUGCCAAAACCCCCUACUGGGGAAAAAACCUCUCUCAAGCGGAUCACCGAGAGCUCUGGUGCUAUUACAUCAAUUUCCAAAUUACCUCCAACUUCAGGGUCGGCCUCAAAGUUAAGGACUAAUUUGGCACAGAUGACUGAUGCCAAUGGGAAUAUUCAACAAAGGACAGUAUUGCCAAAAUUAGUCAGUUGAACUUGAAUUUGUUUAGCUUGGUCAGUUUUGAAAGGGAGCUGAUAAGUAAUAUUUAGAUUGGGGGGGGGGAAUCGCACUGCCGAGCCUUAUUCAAGUUCAAAUUUGAAAGUUUUAGAUUUUUGAUUUGCAAAAUCACUAUAAAUGUAAUUGUUGGCUUUGUAGCACUUUUGUCUGGAAAAUGUUUUAAGAUAUUUAUUGAGAAGGUAAAACAGGGGACAGUGCUUUUAAGUUUUUGACUAAGGAUGGUGUGUAAUGUUGCAGGUUGCCAACAUUCAUACACUCAUGCCUAAUAUAUUAUCAAGCCCGUAUCAGCUUCGAGGUUUCUAUAUUGUAGCAGUAGGGACAAGUGGAGUGGCUGGCCACUGUUGUAUCACAAGCUAGUAUGGUUUUUAAGGAUAAGAAAGCAAGUCUUUAUCCUCAGAAAAUUUCCGUUGUAUCACAUCAAGUGAAGAUGGUUUACUUUUGUCUCACUUUGUGGCAUACAAUGAGAAAAACUAAAAGUUCUACAGCUGAUUAAGUGUAAAGGAUUUUCUGUGCCUCGUUAAUAUUAUAGUUUACACAGCAUGUAAAUGUGGGAGUCAAGAGUUUAUUUCCCUGUCGAUUAGGGAAAAGAUUUACAAGGAAAGAGGAUGUGAGAGUAAAUGCUAGUCGGGCAGGUUGAAGAAUGAGGGAAAUAGAGAGAAACAUGCAAAAAAGAAGUUUUACAAGAUGGACAGUGUACGUGCCUAAAACUCUUAACAUUCCUUUGCAAUGAAACGUGAGGAAAAGGUAUCUUUUAUUUGCAUGAUGAGAUUAAGAUCAGCUGCAUAUUUGCUUCACAGAAGAGAACAGUAUUGACUACGCAAAUCAGAGUAAGUCUCCCUUGGCUGUCAAUCAUUUUCUGCCCUUUGGAGAUGUAACCUCUGCAGAAAGCAAUGGUGUGUUGCUAACAUAAGAAUAAACAAAUGGUGCUUUACCUUUUUUUUAAGGUAUUUUUAUUGAGAAAACCUAUAUCUGUUCUACACACGAGAAUUGUUAUACUCUCAAAUUAUCGGGUUUGUAUGCUAACAAUGCAAUAGAAUGUUCUUCUAAACUGCAGUGUUCCCAAGUAGUUCUUUACUGGACUCCUGUGGACCUGAUGGGAGAUUUUGAAAUUGGUGUUUGGAAGUCUUGGGGAAAUUUGAGUCUUACAUCUACAAAGCACAGGGAGCCUUUUAAGCUUGUGAUGUAAGAUGUUUUUUUACGUUCCUUUUAAGAGCAUUGGCUAUACUUGUGUUUAGUAUCUCAUUAAGGUAAAAGAGGAGAUUUUAAAGGUUGUGGACUUUAACUUAGUGGACCUUCUUAAUAUUAGAAAGUUACAAAACGCUGGUGAAUGGUGCAUUAUGAAUUACAUUCAUGGCUGCAUCUACGACUGUGGAAUAAUAGCAUUCACAUUUCAUGUGUACUAGAGCAAUACUUUUAUGGAUUUUGAAUGGGCUUGUAAGUAUUUGGCAAGGAGCUGCAACACUUAAGAGCAUGUUCCCUUGUAAGGCCAAAAAGAUUGUCUCCAGUAAUGUACUUUUUAUUAGAAAGGAUUUUAGUUUCCCAAAUUUAAAAAUCUCAAAACCAUUAUACAAAGGUUUUAAUUAAAUGGAGGAUCAAUACUGUAAAAUAACACUUACCAAAAUUAUUGCAUGACUAAUUAAUGGGUCCAUCUUUAUUGAGAAGACAUAAUUUCAGUGAUCAGAAAGGCACUUUUGGCUACCUGUGAGAUAAAAGACAAAACAAGAGAAAAUCUAGGAAAUUGCUCUAUGUUAUUCACAAAGAUUCCUCAGAACCUUCAGUGAAAUCACCUGUACUGUUGGUGGUAGGAUUUUUGUACAGCCUCUUUUUAAAAUGAUUUUGCUUGCACAUUUUUAAAACCUUUUUUUUUAGUAUCAAACAGCUAACAUAUACGCUACUGGAAACAGUCAGGAGGCCUGAAUGUGUCUAAGAAGGUUGGAAGUUAUGGAGCGUCUUGUGUUUUUUUUUAAAGUGUAAUAUGGAAGAAUGUAUCUCCUUCCUGUCUAUUAUUUUAAAAGAAAAGGUUUAAGUCAUACUAUUUCUAGGGAGUUACCAUGAAUGGCAGUGGCUCUGAGAUGUACCUUCUGAAUCAGCUGAUGAGGAGUGUGAAAGUGUUAUUAGCAUUCCUCUGGGGCAAAGUUCCUGCCCAGCCAUCUGAAACACCAUACUGCCACUCUGGAAAUGAAUGAAGGAGCUCAAGUGUGAGACUGUUCGGACUAACGGUAGUGGAAAAUUGUGCCCUUAGUUUUAAAAUUGUGCCUUUUGUUAUAAAUGCCAUUUUAUGGACAUUUCUUUUCCUUCAUCCAUGUUCCCUUUGACCCUUUGAAGAAUUGAUGCACAUGUACAUAGCAUAUGUGCUAAAGAACACCAAAUCUCUCCAACCCUUGGAACUGCCUCUGUAAUGAGGAAGCAAAAUGUAUUAAAAUGGGUGAAGCUCCUUUUAUAUCUAGAGUGGACUAAAUCUCUCUGUGUCAAAUCAUAGACAAGUCUCAGACAGGUUUAAUAGAAGGAGAAAAUUUGAUUCUUCACUGUACUAUUUGCUUUUGUCUUAACAUCAGACUUUUUAAUAGGUAACAUCUUGCUUUAUGUUAUGAUAAUUCUUGGGGGAAAAAUCAUCCAUACUUUUUUAAAGUUUUACCUCAGACUGUUAUGAUUUAUUCUAUUGUGAUUAAACCCAGGGCAUUUGGUACAUACCAAAGUGCAUUCCUUUGUACAUUUCUGGCUAUAAUAAAAAGGCCAGUGGAUUUAAUUUUUCAAGUUUGGGUGAAAGGCACUUCAGCCACUUUUUGUCACUCAAGAGGUAUGUUGGGAGCAUUUUUUUUGCUUGGCUCCAUUUAAGAAAAAUCUUUUUGACAACUUGAGACUUCGGCAAUUUUACUUGUGAAUCUAUUACAGAAUAAAUUAAUAAUGUAGCACACAUCGGACAUCAGUUCUUUGAAAUGGUUUAGAUUUAUCCAGUGUAACUAUCUUGCCACAGAUCACUAAGCUCUGCAUUGGUAGCAAAUUUCUGAUAGAACAAAUUAGGUCAGUUAAAUUUGCUACAUUGAAGUACAUUUUGCUACUUACUAUCAAAACAUAGUCCUGGAUCCCAAGUUCAGCUGCUGUAGAAACACCCAUAGCUGUGGCUUGAGUCCUUUUCUUUUUAAAACCGAGCAACAUAUUAGACACGUGUUUUUAUUAUGCUGCAAAAAUGUGUACUGUAUAUAUGUGAAUUUACUAUGGAUUGAAUGUGGAUGUGUACAUAUGUAUUUUUGUGAAAUGCUGCUGAAACCACUACACAUGCUGUAGUGAAUUUUAAUCUUAGCGGCCAGUUUUAUGAUACUGUAUGUAUUGUACAGCUGAUGACAGAAGUCUAAACUUUUUCUAGUGAUCAUUUGUUAAAUUUUAUUGUUGUGGCCAGAAAAUAAUUUCAGAAAAUUAAUAAUAAAAAAGUUUUAAUG